AUUUAAAGCGGAACAACAGACACUCGGAAUAUUUUUAAGCUAUUCAGUAAAUUCUCUUUUUUCUAUAACUUUGUUGGUGUUUUUAAAAUAAUGUGAUAUUGACACAGGUACAUCCAUUACUGAUUCUUCUGAUUCCAUUACUGAUUUAUAUCUUAUCAUGGAAGCUGCCGGUGCAGUGUCUUAUUUUAAGAAGGUUGAGAUUAUUUUGAGAUGGCUGACUAUCCUCAAUCUUACUGCAUAUGAAUGGCCACAGCCUGCAUGUGUUAAAGAUGGAGAUCAAUUUGACUUCAUCGUUGUGGGAGGUGGCACAGCGGGAUGUCUCAUAGCUAGCAGACUUGUGGAAACCGGCAAUGUAAGCGUACUACUUAUAGAAGCUGGAACAUAUCCGCCAUUGGAAUCAGAUCUGUCAGGAUUAUUUCCAUUUCUGAAAGAUUCAAAAUAUGAUUGGAAUUUUACGUCUGUCCCUGAUGACUUAGCUGCAAAAAACCAUAAGGGUAAUGUCAUUCAUAUGUCUCAAGGAAAAAUGUUGGGAGGCUCUGGAUCCUCAGGCUUUGGAGCGUAUGCACGAGGGUAUCCACAUGAUUACGAUGAUUGGGCAGCCAUUACUAAUGACACCUCUUGGUCAUGGAAAGCAGUAUUACCGAUAUUCCAAGAGAACGAAAAACUCAUUGAUGAAAAGAUCCUCAAAUCUCACGACCAUUAUUAUGGCACUAAAGGAAAAAUUUACUUAAAGAAAACAUACUAUAAAAGAAAUCGCAACUUUUUCAAUGCCUUGAAAGAAAUUGGCUAUGAUUAUCAUAUAGAUAUCAAUCCUAACCACCCGAUAGGAUUCACCAAUUUAAUGUUUAACAUCGGUAACAAAACUCGGCAAAGUACGGCUCAUAAGUUUCUCAGUCCCCUCAAAAAUCAUCCGAAUUUGCAUCUCAUGAUCAAUACCUUGGCAACUAAAAUAAUUCUUAAUGAUAAAAAGACUGCAAUUGGGGUUGAAAUAUUGACAGAAGACAAUAAAAUACUAAGAUUGAAGGCUAAGAAAGAAGUCAUAGUAACAGCUGGAACUAUUAAAUCACCGCAUCUACUUAUGCUUUCGGGAAUAGGUCCAAAACGUCACUUGGAGAAAAAAGGCAUUAAAGUUAUAGCAAAUUUACCUGUGGGGCACAAUUUCCAAGACCAUGUUAACAGUAUUCUGGUUUAUAAAAUGACAAAAGCAUCUCUAGCUAGCAAUCUUGGAGAUCCUUAUGAAUAUCCAUAUGUUGUUUUCGAUGGAUAUGUUGCUCUGAAUAAGUCUCAACGCUAUGCAGAUUAUGAAACUAUCUGCGCUCACUUUGGCGAUAGUCUAACAUUUGAGGGCUUAUGUGCAUUCUUUUUCAGUUACAAUAAUGAUUUUUGUGACACUUUGAAUAAGGGUCUUGACAACAAAGAAGUACUUUUGGUAUUCAUCACAUACUUGAAUCCCGAAUCAAGAGGACGAAUUCUACUUAACAGUACAGAUCCCAGAGACUAUCCAUUAAUAAUUCCAAAAUAUUAUACUAAAAGUAUAGAUAUUAAGAAACAUGCUAGUUAUCUGGCAGAUUUCAAUCGUGUAUUGCACUCAACAUAUUUUAGAAAAGUGGAAGCAGAAUUAGUAGAUCCUAAAUUUAAGUCUUGUGAAGGUUUAGAAAGAGGUACUGAGGAGUAUUGGAAGUGUUACGCCGUUGCAACUGGUGACACUGCUCAUUAUUUUGUUGGUACUUGUGCUAUGGGGACUGUUUUGGAUUCAAAGCUUAGGGUUCAUGGCGUGAAGCAUUUACGUGUUGCAGACGCUAGUGUAAUGCCGACCAAUGUUCGAGGACUGCCUCAGGGGACAGUUACGAUGAUAGCUCAAAAGGCUGCAGAUAUGAUUAUUGAGGAACAUGGUUUGAAACAACACAGUUCACCGUGUGACUAACCUUUUAUCAAAAAAUGUAUAAUUCAAUUACCGCUUUUUACUGUCGCUGCAUAUUUUAUCAUUAAUAAAGUGAACAUUUCUGUC